AUGGCGUUUACGCAACCCCGUGCGGUGCAUGCCGGCCAAGAAGUCAUACUCUCCUUACGAGCUGUGCACGCAUUUAGGGGCUCGCGGACUCAACCGAUGUGCUUCGACGCGCAAUGGGACGAUGCACGGUUACUCAAGGAGAUGCGCAAGACGUAUGAUAAGCUUCGCUCGUGGCGGAAGUGGUGUUCGCUCAAGAGCGUGAGGUCCAUCACUCUCGUCUCGUGCCGAGACACGUUCAUCUUCCCUCAGCGGAUCGGUCCGACGAAAGUCAGUGCACGUCAGCACAUGCGGCUGCGAUUUUUACUCGACCAUCCGGAGCAGCUACGAGGACGACGCGACUUCAUCACCGCUCUCUUGGAACGACCAGGCGUCGGCAUAGAGUUCGUCGAACGCUGGCAAGCAAAGCGGCUGACCGUCGCCGUCGUUGGACUAGUCUUCAUCUCCCUGAUCGCGUCAUUGCUCUACGCAUGGAUCACGAAGGACGUAUCUACUGCGUUCACCAUUGGAUCAUAUAUAACUUCAGCUUUUUCGGUCAUAUUGGUUCUGGUCGGCAUUUUGGGCUUCGUAGAUUUAUAG